AUGUCUUCGUCACGUUCCAGCCGUUCGGGAGGAUCUUCAGGUCACCGCAGCUCCAAGAGCAGCAAGAAGCCGAGGGCGGUUCAACAGUCUAUCCAGCAACUGAUAGACUCUCUCCAGACACACCGCGUCAACACCCUAACAGAGCUCUGCCGUAUUGAGCGCGUAGCUGCGACGUGCGAGAACGAAGAGGACGCCUUGGCUUUUCAGGGCCCUAUGACCUCCGCCUGGGACUACUACGUCAACAGCAACCAGUUCCUGACGGAGCUCCGCGGCCUGACGCGGAGCUACCCCCUGUGCGGAGACAUCCUCUACGACGCCCACGUGCGCGUGCGCAACGACCCCAACUCCAACAAGAGCUGGAACCUGGCGUGGCUGUGUCUGGUGAAGAUCCAGGAAGAUGACCUGGUGCCUGGGUACGCCGCCCUUGAGGCCUCGAAGCCCGAGAUGUGGGGAGGCCGCGAGCCCUCUCCGGAAGAGGCGGCUCAGCUCGCCGCGUGCUUCGAGUAUGAAUGGAACAAGGCCGUUGAGACCAUGCUCAGGCACUGGUCUAUCCCCCCGACCUGGUACUGA